GCUGCUUCAAUAAUUGAAGAAGACAGAAAGUUAGACUUCACUAAAGAUGAAAACGAAGAACGCGGAAACUGGUCGGGGAAAGCGGACUUUCUUUUGGCCUGUCUGGGCUAUGCUGUUGGUUUGGGGAACGUCUGGCGGUUCCCAUACCUUUGCUAUAGAAAUGGAGGAGCUGUGUUCUUCAUCCCCUACUGCAUCAUGUUAUUUCUGGUGGGUAUGCCAAUAUUUUUUCUGGAGUUAUCACUUGGUCAGUUCACGAGCAGCGGACCCCUAACGUGUUGGAAGUUUGCACCCAUGUUUACAGGUCUUGGUGUUGGGAUGGUGAUCGUGUCGGCGUUGGUUGCUAUAUAUUACAACAUGAUCAUCGCCUGGUCGCUGUAUUAUCUGUUUGCGUCUAUCAUCUCCAUCCCGACCGGGACGCUGCCCUGGGCCGGCGCCGGUGGAUGUGGGAACUGGUGGAACUCGGAUUUUUGUGCGGAAACCUUGACGAACCUCACCUCCCAUAAUUGUUCAGCAAUGUCACUUACAGAAAGUGCUAAUGGCGUCUGUUAUAAUGGGUCGGUUGUUGCUGGGAUCUGGAAUUACACAAGAGCCAAGGAAAAUAAUAUCAGUCCUCGACCAGCAGCAGAAGAAUACUUAUAUGGUCGCGUGUGGCGGCUAUACCAGAGCACUGGUCUGGAUAACUUAGGAGAGCUACACUGGGACCUGGCUGUAUCGCUCCUGGGAGCCUGGGUUAUAGUGGCUCUCAGUUUGAUCAAGGGGAUAAAGUCAUCAGGAAAAGUUGUCUAUUUCACCGCACUUUUUCCAUAUGUCGUCUUGGUCAUUCUGUUUGUCCGCGGACUUCUCCUUGAUGGUCACAGAGAAGGGAUUGAGUUUUACAUCAUGCAGGCGAACCUUACCAAGUUGACUGAAGCAGCUGUCUGGAAAGAUGCGGCUGUUCAGAUCUUCUUCUCACUGUCAGCCUCAUGGGGUGGGCUGAUUACCCUCUCUAGCUAUAAUCGCUUCCAUAAUAACUGUCUGAGAGACUCUUUGAUUGUUUCCAUCGGCAACUGUCUAACGAGUUUCUUUGCCGGCUUUGUCAUCUUCUCCUACCUUGGUUUCCUGGCACGCGAGCUAAAUUUGCCAGUUUCGGAGGUUGCUGACGGAGGUAUCGGACUGGCAUUUGUGGUAUAUCCACGAGCAGUUGCAACAAUCGGCGCAUCCCACUUUUGGUCCAUCAUCUUCUUCAUCAUGUUGAUUACACUUGGGUUGGACAGCGAGUUUGCCUUAGUUGAAACCGUCACCACUUCUAUCAUGGACGUAUGGACCAGUACUAGGAAGCACAAAUGGGCCGUGGUCACGUGCGUUAGCAUCAUCUUGUACCUGCUUGGCCUCGUUAUGUGCACGUCUGGUGGAGCCUACUUACUACAGCUGGCGGAUGAAUAUUCUGGGGGCUGGAACGUUCUUUUGAUUGCUUUCUCGGAGUGCAUAGCCAUUGGCCUCGUAUACGGCGUAAAGCGGUUCAGAGACGACAUUUACGUGAUGGUUGGAGAGAUGCCUUGCUUCCCUUGGAUGUGUUCCUGGUGGUGGUGGGCUGUCAACUGGUGUUUCUUCACUCCACUCCUUGUGGCUUUUAUUAUGAUCUUCUCCUGGAUCAACUACAAGCCACUGUCAUUUGGAACUUACGAGUAUCCAGUGUGGGGCCUUGCACUCGGCUGGUUGAUGACAAUGGCGGUGGUGGUAGGCAUCUUCAUCCCGUACAUCUACCUGCUCAUAGUGACACCUGGCGGCCUGUGGACUCGUAUUGUAACCCUCGCCUCCCCGUCAGUAGAAUGGGGCCCUGCUCUACCUAAACACCGGCGCCUGGCAGCCAGGUUCCACCGUGCAAUGAUUAUUGAUCCAUGGGAUACUGGUGUAAUGGGGAACGGCCUGGAAGUGAAAGUGGAUCCUGGUCCAGGUGUUCCAAACCCAGCUUACGAAGAUGACAGGCUAUGAAUCUCGUGCAACGAAUUACAAAAAAAAAACUGAGAAUGAAGAGACACGUCAGGGGCGGAUUGAGGCCGUAUUCUUGGUCUUCAGGAAGACGGUCAGAUAUUCAAGUAUACACUGACUAGUAUCUUAUUUUUUUCUGUCGGAAGACGGUCAAAAAUGGAGAAUGGAUCAACAAAGAUAAUUUGGGAGACUGUCAGAAAAAAAGCUCUGGAUCCGCCCCUGCCCGUGUAGUGCUUAUAGUGUUAUACUUCCACAAAAGCACAGCUGUUUAUAUCAUCCAAAAUAUCAGACAAGAAAUCAACCAGCCUAUGCAAUUAUGGGAUCAAGUAUGAAGAAAUCCUUGACAUAAAGCCGAAGAUGAGGAUAUCUUUUUCACACUUACAUCUUCGCAUGUAAAUAUGAAUCUUAUCAUUAUUUUGGCAAAUGCAAAACGAGUCAAUCCAUAGAUGUAUAUACAUGUAGAAAACAUUGUUAUGUAUUUAGGCACAUUUAUAUUACUUUGCAACUCGAGAAUCUAUUACUCGUAGCCAUUCUUCCAAUCUGAAUAAAUCCGUAUCCUCGUAAUCUACAAUCUUUUAGCCUCUCCUGUAAAAUGGAAGGAGAGGGAGAGGAAGAAGUGAGCGCAUGAGUAUCUGAUUUAUCCAGGUUGCAGUUCUUCCACCUUUUUAGGAACGGGUUAUCCUGAAGCAAGAACGUGUGCAUCAGUUUAGUUUAGUAUGAAUAGCCUACUCACAAAGCUUUGCAAUAGGUGGAUUAUCACAAAAAUAUUGAUAUAAUUUUCUGGACAUCUGAAUUCGGUCCUGGGUUUAAAUUGGUCUGCCUGUGCUGAGAUUUAUUCAAGUUGAAAGUAUAAUCUCAAUUGUAUUUAUUGAAAUAAGUUGUUAAAAUUGGGGUCAUCUUUCUGUUAUAAGUUUACUGGUAGACCAGUCAUAUUUUAAAUUGAAUAUUUCCCUUUCUACCUUUCUGUCUUCUCUUUUUUGUUCUUUCUUUUUGAAGCGGGCCGUAAGAGGUCGCAAAGGCAUUUUGAAUUGUGAUACGGUUAAAAUGUGAUUGAUAUUCGUGUUUCCGUUGGAGAAAUUGCCAAAUUCACGCAACAUCCAAUCUUAUUAUCUUAUUGACCUUAAUGUUUUACUAAAUGUAUUUUUAUUGUUAUACAUUUCAUACACAUAUACUUCUUUCAGUGAUAAAUAAUAAAAUUUAACAAAAAGGUUUUAUUAUUA